AAACUUUAUCCUGUUUACGGAAGUGUAACAUGGCUGUGCAUUUUUCUUACCGCUAAAUAAUAACAGUAUUAAUAUCUUUUUAGAAUCGGCUCGGCGCGUUGUAAACAGUGUACAGAAGCAGCGCGUUAUUAAAGUUGUUAGGUUAUGAUGUUAUUUAAGUAAACACUGAUUUUUUAUGGAUCUCGAGGCGGAUGUUAUAGAGUUCAGAGUCCCUAAUGAAAACAAUAAAACCAUUUUUAUUUGGGACAUACAGCCAUCCUUUUCCGAAGAUUAUAUUUAUGAGUCUCUGUGGAGUGUGUAUUCUGCCUUUGGAGCACUCUACCUGCUGAAGGUGUGUCCCAAUGCCUCAGUGGCCGCCCCGGGCUUUUAUGCACUGGUCAAGUUCUACUCUGCUGCCCAGGCGUCCAAGGCUCAAAGAGCCACUGAUAAACAGUGUCUGUUCCAGGAUGUUCCACUCAAAGUUAGGCUAAGCACAAAGCAGAACACAACCUUCCUCUCUGGAUCCAAAUCCCUCAGCCAUGCUAAGUGCCAAGACUUGGCUAAUCAUUACCUGGGUUAUAAUGGCUGGUCUACUCACAUCAUCACUGUGAAGGACAUAUCGAAGUGUGCAGAUGUGGGCUGGAGCAUGGAUACAGGCAGCCAGGGGGAACUGCUGAAAUAUGGCUCUAUCAUGGAGCUGACUCUCCCUCAGCAUGGAGUGUCGUGCCGUGGGGUUGGUGUUGCUGAGGAAGUGGUUGAUCGGGAGAAAGGUCUAGAGGAAAAGCUGUGGAAAAGGGGGAAGCUGAUGAAAUGGGCCAAAGAUAAAGCAGUUGUUGCAGCCUUUGAGAAAGUGUUACUGAUCGUUCUUGGUAAUGGAAAGGUAGCGGUGGAAUGCAGAAUUGAUCCAGAGGAAAUUCUGCCAGAUGAGAAUGUCGAGGGAGUCGUCCAGGUUAAUGAGAUAUCAUGGAGGGACUUUGAGGCUGCUGCAGCAGAGGAAGAAGAUUUACCGUGGAACUUCACAAUGGACCUCUCUCAUUAACUUUCACUUGUGUUUAAGAUUAAAUCUACUUUAUUGACCAACCGCUAUGUUGAUCCACGGAAAGAGAAACUGACCAACUGAUAAACUGGAGUGUCUUAUAUUUUUAACGGUUUCGUUUGCGAGUAAUAAAAAGUGUCUAAGUCUACUUUUGUUUGAUUUGCAACAAAAGUAUAGACAUAUUUUCUAAAUGCAAAUAAACCUGCAUUUUUCUUUUAAUAAUAGAAGUUUUUCUUAAGAAAAGUUACUUUCCUGUCUACAGGAAAUAAUAAAUAAACAGUUGAAAGUUCAUGUUUUGAACAUGAAUCAAGUUUGUAAUAUAAAAUACAUUAUUCUGUACAUUAUUCCAAACAGCACCGGUGUUUACAGAUACAGGUUUUCUUAGAGUUCAUCCAGUAUUGAGCUAUAAUAAUUUUCUUAAAUAAAUAAAUAAACAAUUC